AAUUGGAAGACAGUCAACAGAAGCCAUAUGUAAAUAUGUCCUUGCAUGAUACUAUCCAUCAGCUAAUUAAAGAUGGACAAGUCAAAGAGGCAGAGAGACUCAGAGUUGAGUUCAAGAUACCUGAAAGAAGGUACUGGUGGUCUCGAGUAUUAGCUCAUGCACAGGCUUGUCACUGGGAGGAAUUAUCUAACUUUUCAAAAAAUAAGAAGAACCCAAUUGGAUUUGAGCCUUUUGUUGAUGCUUGCUUGAAAUACAACAACAUCAGUGAAGCUCAGAAAUAUGCAGUCAGAGUAAAGGAUGAGAACAAGGUUACUUAUCUCAUCAAGUGUGGCCUUCUAGAAGAAGCUACAAAAAUAGCUCAAGAGCAGCGUAGUGUUUCAAGUCUAACUGAGAUUUUAGCUGCCUGUGGGCCACAACAUCAGAGUAUUCAGUCGCGUAUCCAGAUGUUACUCAGUGAUUCGUCUUUGAGAAGUUAAUCUUGGUGUACAAGAUUAAAUGAAAUGUAAUAGUAUAAAUAUGAAUUUUUAAGAAUUUUGUGUAUACAGAUUAUUCCUGUGUAAGAAUGAUUUGGCAGUAACUCUCAUAUAAUGUAUUUUUAUUUAAUAAAGAAACUUCAUCU